AUGAGCAUCUCAUGGCGGGUGGCCCUUGCAAGGCUUUCUGCAAUGGUGCCAGGAAAUAUGCUGACACGAUAUUUAGAUGGAAGGGCUCUGUCUUGCCAUAUAGCUGUGUUGCACUACACUUGGAAUCCUGACCUCAAGGGCUCAGACAACCCAGUCCUCAGUGGUUUCGGCAACGUGUGGGGCGCUUAUACCUUUGCGUUGGGUUUUCUCAUUGUUUUUCGCAACAACCAAGCGUACAGUCGUUUCAUGGAAGGAGCCAGCAAAGUUCAAGAGAUCCGGGCGGAGUUGCACAACUGCGCCAGUAUUUUGAUCGCUUUCUGCAAUGCCAAGGAUGAAGCCGUGGAAGACUUUCGGCAGCUGCUGGUACGGCUUAUUGGGCUGCUGUUCGCAACUUGCAUGAGUGAAUUGACUGCGAGCGAGGAUGGAGAUGAGAUGAUGCAGGUCAUAGACCUUAUGGGGAUCGAUGGACAGAGUCUUAAGCACUUGAGAGGAGAUCAUUCGCACGAGUCCCGGCGGCGUCAGUGUGAAGUCAUCGUACAUUGGAUUAUGUGCCUCAUCAAGAAAUCCUUGGAUGAGGGAAUCCUCAAGGGUGUGCCCCCCCCAAUCUUGAACAAGGCAGUUUCAGACCUGGCAAUCGUCGACAUCUAUCGCGUGCGAAAGAUCAAGGAGGUGCCGGUUCCUUUGCCCUACUCACAGAUGGUACUGGUGAUGCUGACCCUGUAUGCACUGGUGACCCCACUGAUCGCCAGCCAGAUGGUUGCGGCUCAGCAGGCACCUGUUGAAUGGUCAGCUCAGCCACAGGCUACUGCUCAGGCAGCACAGACUGCUCAGGAGGGAAAGCAGGAUCAGAAUGCUUGGGACGCAGACAGUAAUGCUCCUGCCACCCAAGCUGCCAAGAACUUGGUCGACAAUCAGAUUCCGAAGUCGUCCAAGCUCGCAAAGCAGAAGGCCCGGGCCAAGGAGAAGGGCCACCGUGGAGUUCGUUGGGGCCAGAUGCCAGCUCGCAACGCGUUUAGCCCUCAGAACUUCCAGCUACCACCAUUUGUGCAACAAUUGGGAUCAGGGCCUGAUGAACGAUCGGUUCUCAUUGUCGACAACCGGGACAUGAGGAUCACUAGACCAGCUACGGAUCACCACCUGGAGAUGAGGGGAUACCGCUCAGAGCAAGACAUGACGGUGCAGCUCAACAUCAACGAUGGAUUGAUCACGUCGUUGAGGGAGGAGCUGUUCAUCCCUGCAGUGGUGGUGACGAUCUUCCAGGGCUGGCGAGUGGUCGCCGUGAGCUUCGAGGUUGGUGGCAGGAUCUAUGCCUGCAGUGAGAAAGGGGUUGUCGUUGCUCUCGACUUUCCCCUGUGCCACUUUGAAGUGAGGAUGACAGCUCUGUCAUCAGCGGACUCAGUUGGAGUUGAUGCUGAUCGACUGGAGUUUCGAUUCAGGUCUGCGGGGGACAGUGUGGACGUGACUUGCUCUCAGAUCACAGUUCCCUCAACCUGGCUCAUCCUCUCUCGAGUUUCUGGGCCCACUCUCAUCCAAAACGCUCGCUGGUGUCGUGAGCGUCAUGCAAGGGUGGAAGGGCCCGAUCAAACUAUGCAGAUGUCACAGUUGGCAGGGAUCCAUGCUCACUGGACAGCUGCCACUGAUGCUCCGACUGUGGCAGACACGGGUCCUCGUGUGGGCGCGGUCGCAGUGGGGACUCACCAGAACAACUUGCACUUGACGUGUGAGUCGCCGCUCUUCCAGGCGCAGAAGGUCAUCGUGCCGGCAGAAGCGAUCGCCCUGCAGUACCACGACCCCGAGUUGGAGAGGAGGGCUCUUGUGGUGCCGCCGGUCUUGGAUGGGCCGAUGGCUAUCCCAGUGGAUCAGGCACCAAGCUCCUUGAGGGCGUUGGCUGGCCCGGCUGCGGCUCCUUUGCAAGCAGCCCCGCCAGUGGAGGCCACGGUCUCUGUGACGGAGGCAGGUCAUGCGCCUAAGGCUGCAGCUCCAGGUGAUUUGACCGUGCAUGUUCAUCGCCGGUCGCUGGAGGCUCGACAGCAGGAGACUCUGGCAGAUGCUGCAGUGACACCCCAAGCCUUCCUUGAUCAAGUGAACAUGGUCAGGCAAGGUGCAGCGGGUGGGGGCUCAACGUCGUCUGUGCCUCGCUCGUAUGGGCCACCGCCAUUGAUCGAGGAGGCGACGUCCUCAGUUGGUCGUUUUGGGGGACCCCAGAUCGAGAGUGAUGUCUGCGAUCCAUGGCUCUCCUUUCUCAAAUUUGGCGUUCGUCGCCGCGAUGGAGGCUCUUUCGGGAAAGAUAGUGAAUCCCCCGAGUUCUUGAAAACCAGCCCUGAGCCGCAGUCUGCAACGCCUUUGCUCGACCAGGAAAACGCGGCUCGGUGGAAGUGGGCCGCGCGGCUGGAAGAGAUCGGGCGAAAGGCGGGCACCUUCUCGAAGUUGUUGCUCGACACAUCCAACGAGAAAGGUCUCUCGCAUGCAGAGGUGGCUCGUCUGCGACAGCUCGUUUUGUCAUCGGGGGCGCCGCGGACAAUGGCCACCCACGUGACGAACUGGGAGCGGUUCGCGGAAUGGGCAGAGGCCAAGGCCGAGGUGAUCAGCAAGCGCGCUCGGACCCUGAAAGAAGCGGUGCCCAUUCCAACGACAGUGGUUCGUGCAAUGGAGCUCUUGGUGGUGGAUGAGGAGGAGCCUGAGGCUACUCGCCUGUUCACAUGGUGGUGGCUGUGCAUGGUCUUCGCUUCUUUGAGGUUCGAUGACGCUAUGCAUGUGCGCCCAGAUGAGCUCAUCCUGAAUGAAGAGGACAUGUUCGGAGUUGCCUGGCAGACCAAAGUGGAGCGCAAGAGGCGUGGCACCAAGUUCGUAGUGCCGCAUGUUGGGUUCUCGGGGUCUGACUGGCUCCGUGCUGGAUGGCAGCUCCUUCAGAAUGAGCAUUUUGCGCUCGCUAGAGACUAUUGGAUGCGGGACCUCAACUCUCGCGAGGCGUUCCGCAAUGGUCCAGCUCAGUACCAGAGAUCGGUGCAGUGGCUCCGGUUUUUGGGUCGCUAUGCGCUCAAUCAUUACCACCAAGGGGAGGAGGUUGAGUUCAAAGAGCUGGCGGCAGUCGUGAACACCCUGACAGCUCACUCUGCUCGUGUCACAAUGCUCGACGCAGCGGUGCAUGCAGGCCGUAGCACGGAGGAGAUCGGCCUCCAAGCCAACUGGAAGAAUCCUGGGCCGCUUGUGCUCAAAUACACCCGCAAUCGGUCGGCCAUCCCAGCCAAGAUGGUCCAGCAGCUGGUCAAGGACAUGUUCACUCAAGAGCACCCGGUCGAGGUCUCGGACGAUGCAGAGCUCGAUGCAGUGGAUCAGUCCGCCCUUGACCAGUUCCAGUUCUAUGUCAAGACCAACUGCUCAGCCCAGCCGCGGCUUAUGACUGUCGAUACCAUUGUGCAGCUCUGGGAGAGUUUUCUUUGUUUGCCGAUCACAGUGGCCAUGGUGGAUCGCACCGUCUACGCCGAUGACAAGACCCCUGAUCUGGCGCUGCGACAAGUCUUUGGUCGUCAGCGCGUUUCGCAAGAUCUCUGCAAGUUGGCCGCCAACGCUGGUUUGCUCACAGUCGAGACUUUCGCCAUGUUGUGUGAUGACAUUGCAUCGGUCAAGAACACGAUCAAGAACCUGGUGCCAGACAUCACUGCUCUAGGCGCUGACGGCCCUGCUCAAGAACUGGCGCUUACUAGUUUGGCAGCCGUGUGGAAGACCUGUGGCACCAUGCAAGAUCAUUUUGCCAAUCGGCGAGCAAAGAUGGAGGAAGAUCCGUCCAAGGUCCCUGAGAUCCCAGGCGAAGACCAUGCGGAGUUCCGCGAAACAUUUGUGGCUCGACACCCUGACGUUCUUCUUCCCCUCCAUCAAGAACCACAUCGGAAGUUUGUCGAGCGUGUUCAACGGGAUUAUCUGGUUCAUGGCUUUGUCCACUUCUACGAAGUGGGCGAGAUCCGCACCCGCAAUGAGCAGAUCGCUCAGAAAUCAGGCUUGACCAAGAAUGCGGAGGAUUUGUUGCGUGUGGUCAUGAUCGACCAGCCUGCCUCAGCAAGCUCGGAAUCACAGGUCAUGGACAAGCUCCACGCGUUCUUCAUCACCUUGGAGUACCUCACCAUUUGCGAGUUCUCGGUCGAUGCUGGCCUUGCCCUUCUUCUCACAGUGGACACGCUCAUCCGCAAGAAGGUGCACAGGGUGAGUUCUGAUCAGCGCAAAAAGUUCACCAUGGAGGUCCUCGACAACCACAAGCAGCUUUGGAAUGACGCUCGCUCAAGUGCGGAGCUGGACAAGCACAAGCAAGCUUCUGCUUUGACACCUGCACCGGUGACUCCCAAGAAGCGGGCUCGCUCAGUCUCGCCGGUUCCCAAGUCGACAGCCAAAGCUCGAAAGAACAAAGCUCGUCGUGAACGCCAAAAGGCGCAGCUUCAGAAGGCUAAAGCCCUCACCUCUACGCCGCCCAAGAAUGCUCCGAAGGCUGCUCGAGAUGAGCGUGUUCCAGCCAAAGAAUGGCAAACAAUUACAUCGUUCAAGUAUUCGGGUGGGCGUCGGUGCCCUUUCUACAACAGUUCUUUGGGUUGCCGCUUUGGGGUGGAGUUGGCUCCUCCGCCUGGGGAUUGGACUGGGGCCACCAGCUCCACGAAUGACGAUCGGUCAAAGCCUCCAGCCGAUCGGAAGGCGGUGCUGGGCUCUCAGUCACAGUGGCCAGAUUGGGAUUUUGUGUUGCAGAAUCUAGCUACAUUUGCUCAGUCUGGGCCGUUUUUCCUGGAGCUCUUUGCUGGGAAGGCUGGCCUGACGGAGGCCGUUCACCUGACAGGUGUACCAGUGCUCCCGCCAGUGGACAUCGAGCCCUCGGCUUUGAUCAGCACUCCACGGGAUCUGGUGGACUACGUGUUCUGGCGCCAGCUCUUGGAUCUUUUGGCGCUGGGCAUUGUUUUCUUUUUGCAUUGUGGCGUGCCAGUCACUGACAAUUUGCUCAAACUUUGGGAAUCAACUAUGGAGGAUGUGGCUGAAGGUUCUUGCCUGGGCCCCUUCGACACAGAGGAGGAGAUCACCUUGGCGUUGAACUGCAGCGACUGGAUCCCUACACAAAGGUUUGAAGUAGUUCAAAAGAACAAAGUUCGUGGCUGUGACAGUGCAACUACCAACUUAAUCAACCAGAUCACAGAGAUUAGUGAGAAGUUGCAGCUGCCGUCGACCGACUCGAACGUGGCUGCCCUUAGGAUGCUCAAGACCUUGGCUCCAGAUGCUGACCUGCUCGGAUGGGUGCUCGAUGAAAGGAAGGCCUACAGGCAAGUGGCUGUGCGCCCUGAUCAGAGGAAGUUUUCCGUUAUUUGUUUAAAGUCACCUCACUCAGGCAAGCCAUCCUUUUUCAUCAUGGUUGGGCAUUCGUUUGGGUUAGUGUCUGCGGUCUAUAAUUACAAUCGUAGAUCUGCUGCUAUCAAUGAGAUUCUUGUCUCUUUGUUCAAUUUAGUGGCCUUUAGCUUCUACGAUGAUAAAUAUGGCUUUGAGCCUUCUGCUUCAGCGGCGAGCGCUCGCGAAGUGGCUGAGCUUGUGCACUGGUGGCUGGGCGCUAGGUUUGAUCAGAAGAAGCUGCAGCUCUCAGCCGAACCGACGAUCCUGGGUGUGACCUAUAAUUUGAAGCUCAUGCAAUCGGAGAUUAAGGAGGAGAGGCGCCGCGAUCUGCUCGAAGAGAUUGACGCCAUCCUGCAGUCUGAGCUUCUUGAUCCGGGGUCAGCGGGCAAGCUCAAAGGCAAGCUCAUGUUUGGAGCUUCCCAACUCUGGGGCAAGAUUGGCCGUGCGUUCUUACGGCCCAUUGCAGAAAGGCUGGCAGAUGUGGUGAUCUUUACCGAUGGCUUCACCCCUGAUCCAAGGUCUUCUGCUGUCAGUCCUGAUCGGAUUGGUGGAGUGAUGUUUGACAGAAGAGUGCGCGCACCUCGUCAGUUCACUUCAGUAGUCCCUCAGCAUGUCAAGGCUCGUUGGCUGGCAAGGGCGACCCAGAUCAUGCCUAUUGAAAUGCUAGCUCCAGUGGUAGCUCUUGUCACCUUUGCUGAUCGUCUCCUUGAAGCGGAUUUGAUUUUGCUCAUAGAUUCCGAGUCAGUGGAGGCUGCUCUCGUUAAAGGCUACUCCAGUCGGGAAGACAUGUGCGAGAUCAUCACAUUGUUUUGGGAAAUAGCGCUCGAGUUGCGCGUUCGCGUUUUUAUAGACCGAAUUUCUACAGACGCCAACCCGGCUGAUUGGCCGUCCAGAAACAAGCUCUGGCUGGGCGAAGCAGCAGGCUGGUCUACGGUGCAAGCGUGUUGGCCUGCGGCGCUCAAGUGCGAAGUUCAAGGGUUGCAUUUGAUGAAGCCUCAAACCCACACAGUUCCUCCCUUCGCACGGCCAAGCAAAGAAAUUCACCUCAAGAAGGUGAGGAAGAAUGACCACAUUGGGGAGAGCAUGGUUGCUGCUGAAGUCAUCGAAGUGAUCGUGCCUGUUUCGGACUCAUGCCCACCAACGCUGCAGAAGAAGACUCCUGUGACUCGUCGGGUGGUUCAAAACUUAGUUCUUCUUGAGAUGGAUGAGAACAAUAACUGCUUUAGGUGUUGA